CACUCACUCAUUCACUGUUCUUUCCACCCAAUCCGAUUACUUUUCUAGAAGAAAAAAAAAACAUGGGAAAGAGAUUAACCAGAGAUUAUUCAGCCUAAGAUUAAGGUUAAUUUCAUUACAAGGGUUAGAGAAAAAAUGGUGGGCUCAGGAUCAUCAGACAGAAGCAAAGAAGCAGUUGGAAUGAUGGCCCUUCAUGAGGCCCUUAGAACUGUCUGUUUAAACUCAGAUUGGACUUACUCUGUUUUCUGGACAAUUCGUCCUCGCCCGAGAGUCAGAGGAGGUAAUGGAUGCAAAGUUGGAGAUGAUAAUGGAAGCAUGAUGUUAAUGUGGGAAGAUGGGUUUUGCAAAGGAAGAGUUGUUGCAGAUUGUAUGGAAGAGAUUGAUGGAGAAGAUCCUGUCAGGAAAGCAUUCAGUAAAAUGUCUAUUCAAUUAUAUAAUUAUGGAGAAGGGUUGAUGGGAAAAGUAGCUUCAGAUAAGUGUCAUAAAUGGGUUUUUAAAGAACCUACUGAAUCUGAACCAAAUAUCUCUAAUUAUUGGCAGAGUUCUUUUGAUGCUCUUCCUCCUGAAUGGACUGAUCAAUUUGACUCAGGUAUUCAGACAAUUGCAGUCAUACAAGCAGGACAUGGCCUCCUUCAACUUGGAUCCUGCAAGAUCAUAGCAGAAGAUCUUCAUUUCGUGCUGAGAAUGAGACACACAUUUGAAUCACUAGGUUACCAAUCCGGAUUCUAUCUAUCACAACUAUUCUCAUCAACAAGAACAACAAACCCUUCUUCAUCAUCUCUAUCCUCUCCAUUUCCGAUCAAGCAUUCUCCGGCAGGUCCACCAUCGCCGGCUCUCUUCAACUGGGGCACCCCACGGGCACCCCCUUUACCUUCUCCUACUUUCCACAACCAACUCGGAUACCAAAACCGAGAAGGACCUACUCACAUGUUUCUUGGCCACCAUCAGCCGUCAGAUCAUCAUCAAGACAUGAUGGGUGGUGAUCAGGAUCAUCAAAAUGUGGACGAUAUUAAAUGGCCAAAUGGGUUGAGUUUCUUUAAUGCACUUACUAGUAGGAAUGAUGAUGCGAAGCUGUUGUUUAACCAUGAUGGGGAUCAUCAUCAUCAUCAUGGUUCGGAGGUGGCUAGACAUGAUCAUCAUUUGAGUGAGUUCUUGAGCUUGGAUGGUUCGGGGAAAAUGGAGAAUGAUAAGUUUAAGAGGAAUUUUAAUUUGGGUUCGGCUUCUUCUUCGAAUUUGAUGGAUCAUCAUCAUUCGAAUAAUGGAAUGAUGGAUCAGUUUAAGGGUUCUUCGGAUGGAGGAGGAAUGUAUCAUGAUGUUAUGGAGACAUUCCUAGAUUAAUAGGAAACUUUGUGUACCAGACUUUGAUCUCUUUAUUUAGUUUUUGGUUAUUUGUUAGCUGGUUUGGUGUUUAAUCUGUGUUUUCUUUUAAUUUGGACCAUGAAUGGGACAUUUGAUUCCUGUAAUUUGUGUCCUCUUCUUUGGAGAAUGUUCUUGUUUUUUUCUCA